UUGAGUGAAUGCACUCUUGGGCACGGAGUGGUCUCUAAGUUGUAUCUAUAUGGAUGAUAUAGCUUCUGAACAUCUGCAGUGGAAUCUCUUUAACUCUGACAAGUACCAAAGUCUUCCUUAAAGUCACAUUCACUGGUUCUUGUUGGCGGUUCACUGUGCAUACUCCAUGGUAGGAGCAGUCAAAACUGAGUCAUGCACUCUUGGGCAUGGAGUGGUCUAUCGUAUAUCUCUCAAUGAUUUAGGUUCCAGGUUGUAGCCUGAACAUCUCUGCAGUGGAAUCUCAUUCAAACUCUGACUUCUCAAAGUCUUCUGUACCCAUCCAAUGGUUGGAACUUUCUGGUGUCUAAACAUUUUGUUGUGUUACCAUUUGCGAACGGACUAGAUCGAAUUAAGACAGCUGACUGGCCUGAACACCGAGAGAGUUCAAUACAGUUUUUGUUUUCUGAACAACUUUGUACAAAUUUUCAUGAGAAACAUCAAGUGUGUCGUGGUUUUAGACAUGAAGCAGAGUUUUACUAAAAGGUAUCAAAAGCAGAGACUUCCAGUGAUGAUGCAGCAGAAUGUCGUAAAAGUGACUUCUGUGCAUUCCUGAGAGGGGCAGAGAGAGUAUUUCUUUUUGGAAGGAUCAGUUACUCGGCGCUUGCCCUUUCCCCACCAUGAAAGAGGACACCAAGCCCAGCAACAUUGCCUGCUCCUCCUUUGUGCCACACAGGUUCAAAGCAACACAGUGCGGCCGCUGCUUCAAAUCGCACGCCCAGCACAGGCAGUUCAUGAAGGGGAACAAAAACAACUACGUCAAAAUUAUGGAACUUCAUUCGAACCAAAACGCAGAAUCAACAUCGGACGAGGACGCAGCAUCACAGAAAACUGUUCUGGUGAACGGAAGGAAUAUUGAAGACAGCGGUGGUGGAAUUACAACGGAUUACUACACUGCGAAAAAUAUGAUAAAAACAGAACAGACGAGGCAGCAAGUUGAUGAAACUGACGCAAAACCACGACGCCAUAUCACUAAAAAAUCCGUCACCCGUAGAAACAGGGAGGCCGUGGCGAGACGAUCCGCACGUGAGAAUGUUGUGAAGCUAAACAUUCCUAUUGAACAACCUGAAAUAAAUGAUUUAAGUGUCACAAUGGACGUGAACAAAAACAAGGAAAGUAAUGGUUAUAACUCUGCGUCCGAUAACGGAAUGUUGGAUGAUGAUAGUGGCGCGAUGGACGUGUUUAGAAACAACCAGAACGGGAAUCACAUUGUGGAAGAAACUCAUCAAGAUUCCAGUGGCAGCGCCGGUCUGCAGUAUCUUAAGGCAUUCAGGGCUUCUCGUAAGUCAUCUAUUCCAGUCCCGAAACAUUUGGGAAACAAGGACCCAAGGUAUGAUGCUGCAAGACUUCAAGAAUUUCAAGAAGUUGCAAAGAACCUUCGUCAUGUGUCUGAUGCGACGGUUGGUUUGUCUGAAAUGAAUGGAAACCAUGAGGCUGUAAGUAGACAUGUGUCAGCACCCUGCAGCGAUUCUUUAAGUCCAAGACUUAAUCAGCAGGAUUUGGAGGAACGGCAGAGAAUGAUGGAAGCCAAGUCUUCAGAGACACUCGCCAAUACGGCAUUCCAAACCUUUUCCUCUCACGGUAAACAUGGUACGUUGCCAAGAAAUCUAGGCAUGGCCGUUUCUAGACCAUCACUGCUGCAGGGAGGCAGCAAACACCAACGGCAAACGUCGGAUCCUGAUAUCUACCAGUCAACCGAACGAGAGGAGAUUCAGGUGGUUACAAUGCCUUCGACAGAAUCGCCCAACAGUCGGCAGGUGUCGUCCAAGAAACAGGUUGUCACCAGCAAGAUCAGCUCGGAGAUAUUCUUUGGUGCCAGCGGAGACUCAAAGCUGAAAAGCCCAAAGGUCACUGCUAAUUCAGAAUCCUCCUUUCAGUCCUUCUUGGAUCUGACUGACAAACCUGUGGUGAUUGUUGCUGCCGAUGGGAGUGUAUCUCACUACAGAGGCUCUGCAGAGACUUCUUCUGAGAGCCUUGAAGACCGACGAGGGAAAAGGCCCUCUAAUUUGAAGAAUCUUGCCAAACCCUACAAGGUUGUGGAUGUAUCGCAAAAACCUCCAGUACUCUCGCCAGAAGAGUCCUCUGUCUCCCCACAGCUGCCCAUGAGCCCAUCACCAAGGUAUAGGUCACACGAAGAGGACUUGAACAUCCAAUUGGGGCAGUCGCCAGUUUCCGAUGUCAAAAUGAGAUCUAAAGACCCCCUCGGAAAGUUCCCCAAAAGAAACGUUGUUCUUGUGGAUGGAAUUUAUUCCGUGAAAGACGGUGUGCAGUUUAGUUCGGAAGACGCAUCUGUAACACAAACAGAACACAAGGACAUCUUAUCUCCUCUGAGCAACGAUGGUGAUUCGACGCUGUCUUUCCCGAUUCUCCUGUCCGAAAGUGAAUCAUCCGAUCUCGGCGAUAAGAGGCGAAACUCAAAUUCGUCAAACUACAAAGUCCCUAUUUUCAUCGGCCAUAAGAACUACGAUAAUGUUGGGACAGUGCUGUCAGACAGGGUUCUUUCCUCGAGUGAUCUAUCGAAGGAUAAAUCAAAACCAAACGGAGGUGAAUACUUGACUCCGAUGCCUCAAAAGAAAGAAAACGAUAAAGAGACGCCACCUGUGCCGCCAGUCAGAACAAGCUCUGAAAUCCAAGAACACGCAACCGAUAAAACAUCAGCCUCAAGUACACCAAAGAAAUAUCCUAAAAAACCAAGAAGAAUUCCCGGUAACAAAGAACCAAAUUCGAACAACUCACAGUCAAGCUCAGAUUCCCGCUGGCGGUCGAAGACACAUCCACUGCCGGUCGAUCCCAUUUACGCAAAGAUUAAUUUGGAAACUAAGAAGUCCAACUCCUCUGUCACCAGGUCAAACACUGACGUUGGUAGAUCUAAGCAGAAGCGUUUGGCCCCAUUGCCUCCUAACGGUGAAAGUCAAGAUAACGUUAACUCUGUACCAGAUAGCCUCCCCCGUGGUACUCCACCACCACCCCCAGGUCGAGGCUCUCCUGAUGUAUCUCCAAGUAAACCGGGGAAGCCUCUAGCUCCUUCACCACCAACAGAAGGCUACCUCGGUAUCAUUUAUGAGUCACUGAGCGGAGACCCUAUUCGUACAGGUACAAUAACCACUCCAGCCGUCUCAAUGAGUCCAUCUAAGCCACAUCCAGUACCUGCUAAUAGAGUCCAAACCCCUACCAAACAAGAAUCUGGUGCUACACACGGUAGAGCCCUGUCGCCACACAGACGAACAUCCACCAAGCCAAAAGGACAAACCCCUACAAAAGAGCCAAAAUCCAUGACUGAAUCCAAGGUGCUUACCUCGCCUCCUAGAGAAGUUACCUCUCCACUCAGAGCAAUGUCUCCUCCAAUUCCCUGUAGUCCAAAUGGAGUUGCCCUCUUACCCGACAGCUCUCCAUUCCAAGGCAGUCCAAACGGUAAAGAGUCAAAAUCAAAACGCUCAAAGCUACCUUGGAAACGGAAAAAGAGACGAGACGAUCGCGGAAGUCCAGAGAGGGAGUUUGACUCAACGCAGGUCGAGAAGUGGCUGGAGAAGGUCCAUCAACAGAACAUGGAAGAAGACGCGCAGCGGCACUCCAUGGACCGUCUGGAUGUUAUCAAUGCCUACCGUGGUGAAUCGACUGCCUUCAUCAACCAGUUUGAUCUUCAGACUCCAAGCUUAAGCACCUCACCAGAGCAAACUGGUGAAGACUCGGACGGCUCGGGUAUCAAGUCUCAUCACAACUUGUCCAGUAAACGAAGAGCUCCCAAGCCGCCCUCUGGGGGAAGGCCAGCAAGUUGGAUGGAAGGGACUCAAGAUUCUUCCCUUGUAGGUUCAACAGAAAAUGUUCAUGUCCUGAAGAAGUCUUACUCCUUGUCACCCCAAAGUAGGAGGAGAGUUAAUGACAGCAACAAUUUGGUACAAUAUGAAAAUAUUGGUGUUCUGAGAAAGAAAAAGAGCGCACCACCAAAGCCCGAGCGUCGGCGCCGCAACAUGACCACAGGCUUUGAGGAUCUACACUCACAAAGACAAUCACUUUCCAUGGAACUGCCAACCCUGACGCGACAAGCGUCCUCAGACCCUGACCUAACGUCUACCAUAUACGAGACUCUUAUCCGUGAUCAGCCGAGUACCUCAUCAGGUGUUCCGCUCAAGUCAGCUCUGAAGAGUCCUGGAUCCUUCGAAACAAAGACAGACGCCGACGCCAACGCUCAUCCAAAGCGACCCGUUCGGAUCAUUGCUCCUGAAAAGCAUGAGCCUGGUCCACAGGAACCUGAUUCCGUCAAUGUCUACAGCAACAUUGAGAUAGUGCAAAGAGGACUCGGAGCGUCAAACGCAAAGUCGUCCAUUUCGUCAGUGAUCUUCACGACUGAUGCUGAAACCCAGUGUGCGAUUGUUGCACCGGUGGAGACGGCUGUGGUACCGGGAAGUAAGGCGGAGGAUCUUGAUGCGUUUGAGAGCAUCUUCACGAUGAACAGAGCAGCACUGACGAGGUUAGCUACUGCAGCACCGCGUUGGGGCAGAGUGAAGUGGGAUGACUCAAGCAGAAGACCUUGGGACAACGUGGGCGGGAGUGUGAAUCAAGCUUGCUGUACAGUGUCUGGUGGAGCUUUCUUUAGAUUCGUCACAUUGGAGAAAGAGUCUGAAGCAACUGCUGUCAUGAUUGGUACGGACACCAACAGAGCAUUAGACCUUCUUCAUAUAGCCCAGUGCAGUCAGGCCAUCUCACCACAUCCCAACAUCUUCAACAUAUCCCAUGCAUCUCUCGAGUCCAUCCCCUCUCAAAUGCUCCAAACCACAAACGGCCAAUCAAAAGACUCAUCCCUAAAUAGCAGCCACACAGAGGACAGGAUAGAGAGUGCCGUCGUCAUGACUGACAGGGUCCCCGUCACCAACGUCAUGAGUUACGUGAACCACAACAAAGAGCUUCAUGAGUACCUACCGGAGAAGUACGAGCACAGUGUAGCAUUGCUCCUUCUGCAGUUACUAAACGGACUCCACCAUUUACAGUUACACCGAGUGUGCUUAGCGAGUUUGAAGUUGGAGCAUUUACUGCUUGUAGACUCUAGCUUACCCGGAGGCGGGUCUGUAUUGGUGAUCAAUCACGUCAUAUCUCAUCUCCAGUGUGACAUUGCCGACGGAAGCUCACCGCCGUCCCAUGAUAUGUACUCCACCCCGUUGAAACUCUCGGAGAAGAUCGCCGAGUUCAACCUCGGUAUUCUCGUGUAUGAGUUCCUCCACCAGCCGAACCCGUUCGCCAUCAAGACGAGUUUGAUAACGCAGUCGUACGAGCCACAACACUUGCCAGCCAUUCCGACGAGAUCUAAAUACUCCCAGGGACUGACCAAACUCGCCAGAGGGCUUCUGAGAAAGAAUCCCUCGGAGCGGCUCACCACGAACCAGGCCAUAGGUAUGCUGCAGUGCUUACUGUGGGGCCCUCCAGCAGACUUAAUGGAUGAUGUUGACUCACAGGACCAGAACUUACGGAGGUGGUUGGUGACGGAGCAAGCUCGUCAAGUCACGAACGUCUCUUCUUACUGCAUUCCUGGCUCAGGUGAUAGCGAAGGAGGGUUUGGUCUCACAGACCAACUCCAUUGUCAGUUUCUUAGUGACACCUCUGUUCAGGGUCUUCUGGAGAACAUGCUAAUCCUAAGUCAAUGAGCAAGUUGGGGUGUUAACCAUAGACCCUUUUAGAAUCCACGGCUUGGCUUUUUGCUCCAUUCUCUUGUCUGAAGCUCUGAGCACGUACGCAAAGCAUGCGCAACUGUCAAAACAACUGCAGGGCUAAGCUUGCCUGAGGUGAAUCUGGAGCCGAAGCCAUGGUUUUGAUAGGGUCCUCCGUAAAUGUUCUGUAUAAAUCACAGAUGCGUGGUCUGUGUUUCACUCUUACGCAUUUAGUUGAUUUAUUCUACAAAUAUGGCAACCUACGUUUUAACGAGGAUUCACAGAGAAAAAAGGGUACUGGUCCAUAACAAAAAAUACUUGCAUAGUACCUAUAGUGCAAUAGUAAUCAAUCUUAAUCUAACUAUUUCAUUGGCAAAAACUUACCAUUUGCCGUUAAACCAACUUUUUUUGUCAUUGCACAAAACCCAAACUUAGGAAUUAGGUGGGGGGUUGAAGACAUCUAAUCGAAGGUCAAACAUGGU